AUGGAGAUAAAUUCUGUUAAAGACGACUCAUCUGAAUUAAAAAGGGAAAAAGAAAAAGAAAAGGGAGAAGAACAAGAACAAACCGAAAACGAACAAGAAAAUGAUAAUAAUAGUGUUAUUAGUACCAACAAAAAUAAAGAAAAAAAGGGUUAUGAUAAAGCAAUUGAAGAAAUAAAAAAAGAAAACAGUAAUUCAUACAUAUCAAAAAUUAGCGAACCAUUAUUAAAAAAAAAAUAUUAUAAAUAUCUUUUAAAAAUUAUAGAUUAUACAUAUCAUGCUAAAAUUAAUGCAACACAUAUAAUAAAAACUAAUGAACAACUUGAUGAUAAAAAAAAAAAAAUAUUAAAAACGAAAUUUUUAAUAAUAGGAUUGAGUCAAGUAAUUAAAGCUAUAAGAAGAGGUAUCAAAGGAAUACUCAUUUUAGCUAUUGAUGUAUUCCCCAUUGAUAUUAUUUGCCAUAUGCCAAUAUUUUGUGAAGAAAAUAAUAUUCCAUAUACUUUUUUUACAACUAAAAAUAAAUUAGCUCAUUUAUGUAAGUUAAAAAGAUCUAUUACUUGUUUAUUUAUUUGCAAGCCAAAUAAUAAUCUUACAGAGUUCGAAAACACAUUAAGUAAAUACAACAGCAAACACAAAAUUAGUAACUAUAAUAAAGCUUAUGAUAAAUUACAAAUAGCUAUCAAAAAAAAUCAUCCCUUUUUCCAGUAA